AAAGAGAACAGAGCUCCCUGAAAAAUAUUCUUAAAGAGCAUGGCCAUGCAAUCGUAUAAACACAACUGAACUCUUGAAAAGCAAAGAACCUUAAGAUCGAGAUUCAGGAGCAGAAUCUGUGAAACAAUUCUGUAACGGAAUACCUUAAUUCUUCAAUGAUGUAAAGCUCUCUUGCGAAUUACAGAAUUCAAUUCUCAUCAUCGACCAGUGAGUGGUCAGUCUCUGAUGUAGUUCAGAGCACAUCCCCCAUUUUCAGCCUCUCUAUUGGUCUUCUUAACCAUAAAAUCCCAGCUUACGAAUCCAAUGCAACUGGCCAAGAGACCUGAACCUUAAACAUUAACAACCAUACAUUAUGAAACCUUAGUUCUCAAAUCAUAAACCAUCCUUAAACCUUGAUUUAUGAAAUCUAGACUUUAAAGUUGGAAUCAAAGGCAAGAGGUAGUAGGAAGAGGGAAAGAUAUUAUCACUUUUGAAGGGAUCGUCGAAGGUUGAUAGGGAAAUCGUUGAAGGGUGGUCGGAGUUCAGCCAGACCAGACACCAGAGAGACUCAGAAGAAGAUGUGGCGAAGGUGUCUGAGCACCAGCACGGUCAGCGGCUCACGCGAAGCCCUUGCAUCGAAGAAGAAAUGGGAUGCCGUAGUGGUGGGUGGAGGCCACAACGGCCUCACCGCGGCAGCUUACCUGGCUCGUUCCGGACUCUCCGUCGCCGUUCUUGAGCGACGACACCUCAUCGGUGGUGCUGCCGUCACUGAAGAGCUCAUCCCUGGAUUCAAAUUCUCUCGUUGUAGUUACCUUCAGAGUCUUCUCCGUCCUUCCGUCAUCAGGGAGCUUGAGCUGGGAAGACAUGGGCUAAAGCUGUUAAAGAGGAAUCCUUCGUCGUUCACUCCGUGCAUUGAUGGGCGUUAUCUUCUUUUGGGUCCUGAUGCUGACAUUAACCACUCAGAGAUCUCGAAGUUCUCUGAAAAGGAUGCAGAUGCAUAUCCAAGAUAUGAGAACCAGCUACAAAACUUCUGUAAAUUCAUGGAUUCUCUCUUGGAUUCACCUACUCCUGAAACUGUGCAUGAGGUUCUGUCCUUCACCGAUCAGAUGAGGGAUAAAUUACAAAAGUCGGCAUUUUGGGCUCAUUGUUUGCAACAAGCUCUAGCAUUGGGGCAAAAAGAUAUGGUGGCUUUUGUGGAUCUCUUACUAUCCCCAGCAUCAAAGGUUUUGAAUAAUUGGUUUGAGAGUGAUGUACUAAAGGCAACAUUGGCAACGGAUGGUGUAAUUGGGACCAUGGCAAGUGUACAUACACCAGGGAGUGGAUAUGUUCUGCUACAUCAUGUAAUGGGAGAAACUGAUGGUGAUCGUGGCAUUUGGUCGUAUGUUGAAGGUGGGAUGGGCUCAGUAUCAUUGGCUAUAAGUAACACUGCUAGAGAAGCUGGGGCUCAUAUUGUAACAAAUGCAGAGGUUCUCCAGUUGAUGAUUAAUGAUGAGUCUGGUGCAACUGAAGGGGUUCUACUGGCUGAUGGAACUCCAGUGCAUUCUUCCGUUGUUUUGUCGAAUGCAACCCCUUAUCGAACCUUCAUGGAAUUAGUGCCUCAAAGUUCUCUGCCCGAAGAAUUUCACCGUGCCAUAAAAAAUACAGACUACAGCUCUGGAACAACAAAAAUUAACUUAGCUGUGGAUAGAUUACCCCAAUUCCAAUGUUGCGAGCCAUCUCUUGAGGCAGGCCCUCAGCAUGUGGGUACCAUUCACAUUGGUUCUGAAAGUAUGGAGGAGAUUGAUUUAGCUUGUCGAGAUGCUUCGAAUGGCUUACCAUCACGGAGACCUCUUAUUGAGAUGACGAUUCCUUCUGUACUGGACAAGACCAUUUCUCCUCCUGGUAAGCACGUUAUUAACUUGUUUAUACAAUACACACCCUAUAAAUCUUCAGAGGGAAGCUGGGAAGAUUCUGCCUUUAGAGAAUCCUUUGCUCAAAGAUGUUUCUCCUUGAUAGAUGAGUAUGCACCGGGCUUCAGUUCAUCAAUCAUUGGAUAUGACAUGUUGACACCACCAGACCUUGAAAGGGAGUUUGGUCUUACAGGUGGGAAUAUCUUCCAUGGUGCUAUGAGCUUGGAUUCACUUUUCCUCAUGCGACCUGUUAACGGAUGGUCAGGUUAUAGGACACCACUACAGGGACUGUAUCUCUGUGGAAGUGGCACACACCCUGGGGGUGGUGUGAUGGGGGCGCCUGGACGCAAUGCUGCACACGUGGUUCUUCAAGAUAUGAAGAAAUCUUCAUAAUUGAUUUCCCCUUCUGUCUUCCUGGCAAUCUUAACCUUGUAUGCUUAGUGGGGUCUCUUUCUUUAUGUAUUUAUUUAAUUUUUGUUAGUAUUUUUUCCUAUCCUUAAUAUGUCAUGAAGCAGUCAUUUAGUGUUGAAGACAACCAGGGAAUCACUAUAGCAAUCAAUAUAAGUGACAUUUUGGAAGUA